CACCAUUAUCUUUUCCGAAAGGAAAUCAUUCCCUGUCACCUUUGCUGAUGUUCUCUCAAGAUCUGGAGGAAAUGGCAUCAAGGAUACACAAAAUCCAAUUAGACUUAAUACAUAAACUGAAGGAUGUCACCAUUGUCCACAUCUGCCCACCAGGCCCUAUGACAAGAGCGAGAAGCCAUGUGUGCUGUCGGAGUACAUGGAGAAAUACCCCCUUUAUCCCUGCACUCUUCCCAGAGACUCAUUCAAACCGAAGGAUGAGUACAAGUUGGCACAGAUACCCAUGGAAGGCAUCUCAACUACAAAGAGAGAUUACAUAGCUCAUGAAGUGUUGCCACUGAAACUUAAACAACCUGAGAAGCAUGUCAAGAGUGAUGAGAGCAUGGAUUUGACCUCCAUUUAUAGACAAGAUUAUAACCCCCACCCUAACUGUCAAGUACUUCCUUGCCUCCCCCGUGAGAUGAGAGACAUCUCUGGUGCCAAGAUGGACACAAAAUCCACUUAUGAAGAUGACUACGUGCUGUGGAAUGAACCAAAGACAGAGAUGAUCAGACCAGACGAUGGGUAUCACCCAUCAGAAGCAAAAUUUGACCACAGAACUGUUGUCCAAGAUGACUAUCUCUACAGGGGACCGGUUGCCACUCAAAGCUGCAAACCUCUGAAUCUGAAUCAGAAAAGCAAGGAUCCCUUUGAGAAUAUGACAAAUUACAGAGUGAAUUAUGUGCCACACCCUCUGGGGAAACGUUACAUCCAUCAGUAUGAGAAAUACAAUCCAAGUGAGGUCCCAUUUGAUGGCCUCACUACUCACAAAGUUUCUUACAAGGGGCUGUCUGCUAAGCCAGCCAAACUGGCUAAACCAUAUCAGCCAAAGCCUCUCCAUGAUUGUCCAUUUUCCUCUACAACAGAGUUUCAGGAAAAAUACCAAGCUUGGCCACUUCAUCCUGUAUUCACCAGAAAACCUGUUGAAUAUAUACCUCCAGUAGAGAAAAUGGACCUUCACACCACUACUCAUUUACACUACAAGCACCUAAAUGGCAAGCCAGCCAAGAUGUGCCGAUCUCUGGCCCAGCUUAAGAAAAACACCGGGCCGUUUGAUAGCUCUUCUACAAUGAAGGAAGACUAUAAGCCCUGGGCGUGCAAGAGAAUAAAGCCUAUCACUCAUGCUCCAGAGCUGACUUUUCCAGAUGAACCAAUGGAUUGCUUGAGCACAUUUCGAACCCAUUAUCUGCCUCAUCCUCUCACAAUUACAAAGAGCUACAAACCUGCCUGGUCAGGCCCUAGGUCUCACACUCAGCUAGAUGCAAAAACCAUCUAUGCUACCAGCUACACACCAAAGGGCAUUGUUAAAUGCUUGGCUUCUUACAAAGACCCACCGGGAUACAUCUUUGAGGGAACCAAUUCUGAUGGUCACAAACUCUAUAUCUCCGCUUCUGAAGGUGAAUGCUUGAAAGGCUGACACUGAAGAAAAGAGACUGGAAGUAGCUUCUUGGGAAGAGGAGGACCUCAGUGAGCUAAAAAUGACAGCUUG